AUGUCGAACGAAUUGAUGCAGGGCGUGGCGCUCUAUAAAGAGCUUUUGUGUGUGUAUCACAACGUGAAGGAGAGUGAACUGGACAUGGGAAGCGGAGACAUGGAAACACUUUUCCAAAUAAAGGAAGAUCUAAGUCAACCGAUAAAUUGUGACAUUCAUAAGUGCAAGGAAAUAUUAAGAAAACUCAAGCUUGUGUUGAUCCACCUACCCUCACUUGAUCCUCUAGUACCCAUCGGAAAAAAAAACACAAAUGAAUUACUUCUCGCAAGACACAUUUUAGAAAAAGGAGUAAUUAUUUCUAUUAUGGACAGGGAUAUUAAAUCCUUUUCCAUUUACAUGGCUCAGUUAUUGUUAUACUACACUGACUAUCAGAACUUCCUUCCGAAAAGUCAAAGGCAAAAUGGAAUAAUAGGUAUGUAUUUGCUCUAUUUACUUUCCUCUAAUUUAAUAGGAGAUUUUCACAUGACAUUAGAGAUUAUUUCUAUAGAGGAUCAGAAUGAUGAAUACAUAAAGUAUGUCCUUGAACUUGAGCAACACAUAAUGGAUGGCUACUUCUAUCAAGUUCUUACGAAGAAGGAUGACAUACCUCUCCAUUUAUAUGGUCUCUUCAUUGAAAGGCUAUAUAAUACCAUUAGGUAUAAGUUGGCUGAAUGCAUCUUCGCUUCAUCCAACUGUAUCUCGUCGGGGUAUGCUUGUGAGUUGUUAAAGUUCGUAAGUGAAGAAGACCUGUACCAAUUUAUUGGAGAAUAUAAUGAGACCAAGACAAGUCAGGGGGAAUGCAACCUCUUGUGGGAAGUUCGGGACAACAAGAUAUAUUUUAAUAACCAGACUGUCCACGUGCAGGACCUUCCCGCUCUUGAAGUACUCAACAACACCAUCGGCUACGCCACGGAGUUGGAGCGUAUCGUGUAA